AUGUCGGUUGUAUGGGAACUGACAAACAAGGUGACUCAAGCGGCUAUUGCAGCAAGUUCACCAAACGCUGCUACUCCAGCUGUUUUUGCAAAUAAAGCCUUGACAGAGAAUGUCAACAAUUGUUGGGAGUAUAUUGCCCAACUCUUUGCUAUUACCCAGGCGCAUUUAAAAGAUGCCGCAUCCUAUCAGCAGUUUCACCAUAUGGCCAAUGAGGUCGAUGCGCACAUUGACAAAAUGAUCGGAUUGGCGGAAAUGAAAAUGCUGCUAUUCGAUCCUCAAGGCACAGUCGACGAAGCGGUUCUACUGGCAAAAGAGCUUGAUGGCGAUCAUGUCGAACUGGCUCGUACUUGGGAACAGACGUGCCAACUCACUGAAAUGGCGCGCCAUCUGAAGCCAGUUCAAAAUCGACUAGCACGAGUGGUCUGUGGUCGAACGGUGGAUAAGUCCCCCGAGAUGGCUCAAGAUAUUGUCAUGGUGAAGGCUCUCAUCAGCUUCUCGGGUCCUGAUUUUGCUAUUCGAAAGGGCGAGGAGAUGAUCCUCAUGAAAAAUGAAAAUCCCAAUUUCUGGAGCGUAAAGACAACUUUUGGUGAACGUGAAGUACCUUCCGUUAUCUUUUCGAUCAUUGGUCCAAAUCAGGAGGAAGUCUUCAAGGCAAAUAGUCUUCAAAGGAAAUGUGUUUCUAAUUGGAAGCGGGUACUGGAACGCAACAAAGGCAGACUCGUCAAAUACUACACCAAACUCUUGGAGCAAUACUGCCAAAAUGAGGCCAUUUACUUCGCUCACGAAGACGCGAUGAACGAUUUCCUUGAUGAUUUAGACUCCAUCCUUAUUGCAACCAAUUACGACAGUGGGAUUCUGCAUCGUGCAUAUGAAAAAUUCAUCAACACCCUCAUGCUACUCUCACCCAAUCGGCGACCUCCACGUGGAGCAAUAUCACUAACCGAACAGGAUAUUAGGGCGCUUCGUGCACCUCUACGUCGUGUACUCAACCAAGCAGUCCAUGUGGAUCAAGUCCAAUCUCGGGUUUCGAUGAGUGCUGAAGAGGUUCAGCGCUACUUAAAAUCUGUUGAAGACGAGAGACAAAACAUCUUCAAGGAGAUCUCUAGAAUGGAAAAAUUACAAAAAGAAAAGGAAAACCAGCUUAAGAGCCUCCAACAACGAAUGACUUCAUGGAAAACGAAGCGACAAGCUUUUGAUCGAGCCAUUGGUGACUACAGCAUGGAACCAUUGGAGGAUAUAAUGAAAAACUUCCCUUCAACUCCUUUUUCCAAACUCCGUGUGGUUGAAAAUGACUACCGAUCAGGUGGAGAUCAUUACGAGAUGAAUUUAGAUGACGCUUCGUCAAGUGAGACCCAAUCUUCUUAUUACGGUAAAGUUGCCAAACAAAUUGUCACCUCGAACGCGCGAUCAAAAGCAAAUGGAGUUACUUUCGUUGGUGAGGUCAUAAAAGAUGGGCAAGGCGGAGGAAAAGUGUGGAGUGGAAAUGCCUCUAUUCUAAAGAGAAGCGCUAGCACAAAUGACCUUCAAACUCAAAUUCUUCGUGUCACAAUGAAUACGGGAGUUCAAUACGACCAAGAGGACCACAAACUUGUUUUUGAUAAUAUCUCUGAGUUGAGAAAAAUUGAUCAACCGAUUAGUACAGCUGAUGUGCAAUCUCAAAUUCUAAGAGUAACAAGGAAUGCCACUUCUCAAGUUGGAGUUCGUGUUGCUCCACAAGCGAUUGACCUCUCUCGUGUAGAUAUUGGUAAUCUUGGAUUGGAAGUGAUGAAUAAUAAGGAGACUGAAGGUCUAGGUUUCAGAGUCGGCGAAGUUCUCUGCCCAGUAUCGGUUGGCACAUCAGUGAAUCUCUAUGAGGGUCCAGGCGUGCAAAUUUUGGGAAUAAAUGAUGUGGAUUCCUUGAAUUUGGAACUGAGAAAUGCAGUAGCCCAUGCCACCAAAGACUCCCAUCGAGGACUCAAAAUUCGUGAUGUCCAAUCCCAGAUUAUUACCAGAACAAGCAGCGAAUCUGCCUGGACUGAAACGCAGGGGUCCUCUGAAGUUCAAACACAGAUAGGAGUUAUGAGCAGAACUGCAGCUAUACAAGCAGUAGCCAAGAUGGGAGUUGUCAAUAUUCCUUCACACAACCAAAAGAACAGGGUUGUCGAAGGAACAUCGACCACUUUCUGUCUUCUUCCCGACAAGGAAUCCACAGGAACAAUGAAUAGUGAAGUAGCAACUUCGGAUGUAAUGACUCAGAUCUCUUGUAUUUUGCACUCUCGUGGAAUUCAUUCCGAUCUGCAGACCUAUCUCUCGGAAUAUAAGAAAAGGAGUAGUCUCUCAGCAACGUCCGACUUGGGUGAGCAAAAUGUUGAAUUUCAAUGGGAAAAA